GUUUGGUAACGUGUGGCUAGAAGUCACUUACGUGCCGAAUAUCACUGACUAGUUUAACAAUGUAUAGUCGAAUCUUGAUAAAUCCAUUUCACAAGGGAUGUGUAAUUUUUUCUAAAUGUCUAACUAGAAAACCACCUGCCAAUUCUAGUUGGGUAAGAACCUUAUCGCAGGGUACACAAAGCUCGAACAGUCACGAUUUCCAUGAAAAAGAUGGCCAUGGGAAUGCGAGACGACUGACAAUCACUGGGCUUGGCGCCAUCACUCUUGCAGGCCUAUACUAUUAUUACAAGAAGAACAUUCCUACAGUAUGGGCCCAUGAAAAAAAAGAAAGUGAGGUAAAUACUGUGGCAAGAGAACCUGGUAGUUUUGUGGAUGGACUACCAGUUUACACCUCAGAUGAUGUUGCCAAACAUAGAGAUGAAUCCACUGGCAUAUGGAUCAGUUACAAAAGUGGUGUCUAUGACAUCACUCCGUUCAUCAAAAUUCAUCCUGGAGGAGAUACGAUUUUGCUCGGAGCUGGGGGCUCAGUUGAGCCGUUCUGGUCUCUCUAUGCAAUCCAUCAGCAACCUGGAAUUUUGGCUCUUAUGGAAGAAUACAGAAUUGGUAAUUUGACCAAAGGUGAAGAACACUUGGCUAUGGCGAAUAUGGAUGAUCCAUAUGCAAAUGAUCCUCGAAGACAUCCGGCACUAGUAGUAAGGACAAAAAAACCCUUCAAUGCUGAAACUCCUGGCUUUUUACUCGUGGAAAGCUUCAUCACACCAACAGAUAUUUUCUACGUUCGUCAUCAUUUUCCCGUUCCAGAUGUCGAUCCUUCAAGCGAAAGCUACUCCCUAGAAGUUGUUGGCCUUGAUGAAAAAGAUAGCUUGAAUUUGAAUUUAGACCAGUUGAAAACAGCCUACGCUCCACACACUGUUACCGCCGUGCUGCAAUGCACAGGCAACAGGCGAUCGGAAAUGAAUCGCGUCAAGCCCACGAAAGGUUUGGAAUGGGGCCAAGGAGCAAUAGGCAACGCAGUUUGGAAGGGCGCCCGCCUUAGAGAUGUGUUGCUUGCUGUCGGUGUCACAGAUAGCGAUGAGAACGAAAACUGGCAUGUGCGAUUUGAUGGGUUGGAUACAGAUCCGACUAGCGCACCGUACGCAAUUUCUAUUCCGUUAACUAAAGCCAUGGAUCCACGGGGAGAUGUCAUUCUGGCAUACGAAAUGAACGGCGAACAGCUUACUCGCGAUCAUGGUUUCCCAUUGCGAGUCAUCAUACCUGGAACUACUGGCGCUCGUUGGGUCAAAUGGUUAACUCGAAUUGAAGUCUCCAAAAAUGAAUGCGAAUCUCACUGGCAACAGUUUGAUUACAAAAGCUUUAAUCCGUCAACGGAGUGGGAUAAAGUGGAUUUCUCCACAGCCCCAGCCAUUCAGGAGAUGCCGGUGACUAGCGUCGUGUGCGAUCCCCACGACGGUGAAAAAGUGAAACUAAAAGAUGGAAAACUUAAUCUACGAGGAUAUGCGUGGAGCGGUGGUGGACGUGGAAUUGUGCGGGUAGAUGUCAGUGUCGAUUUGGGCAAAACAUGGCAUGUGGCCCAACUAAUUGAUUCAGUCAAGGUAAGUAAACAAUGGGCAUGGACCCGAUGGCAGGCCAACUUGCCUGUUCAAACGAAGGAAACGGAAGUCUGGGUCCGAGCGGUCGAUUCUAGUUAUAACACGCAACCUGAAGGAAUGGAACAUCUUUGGAACAUGCGUGGAGUUCUGGCCGUUGGCUAUCACAAAAUCAAAGUAUCGGUGGACGAAAAUUAAACCAUGACAGAAAGAAAGAAUAUUCCUUGUUACAACUGAUGUAUUUUCCCAAUAUAUGCUUGUUAAAAACCUACAGAUUUUUAUUACACAAUUCUGAAAUUUCAA